GACCCUGGGCUCGGGCGCCCGGGCGCGCGGAGAGGGCGCGGCGAGCAGCGGGAACCAUGACAGAAGAUGACCGAGGCGGCGCUGGUGGAGGGCCAGUGGAAGACUAGGUGGCUGGUGCUGCGCAAGCCGUCUCCGGUGGCAGACUGCCUGCUGAUGCUGGUCUACAAGGACAAGUCCGAGCGUUCCAAGGGCCUGCGGGAGCGCAGCAGCCUGACUCUGGAGGACAUCUGUGGCCUAGAGCCUGGCCUGCCCUAUGAGGGCCUGGCUCACACCCUGGCCAUUGUCUGCCUGUCCCAGGCCAUCAUGCUGGGCUUUGACAGCCAUGAGGCCAUGUGUGCCUGGGACACCCGCAUCCGCUAUGCACUGGGAGAGGUACAUAGGUUCCAUGUGACGGUGGCUCCUGGCACCAAGCUGGAGAGUGGCCCGGCCACCCUCCACCUCUGCAAUGACAUCCUGGUUCUGGCCAGGGACGUCCCUCCAGCUGUCACGGGGCAGUGGAAGCUGUCCGACCUCCGGCGCUAUGGGGCUGUGCCAAAUGGAUUCAUCUUCGAAGGAGGGACCAGGUGUGGGUACUGGGCCGGAGUCUUCUUCUUGUGCUCAGCUGAGGGAGAGCAGAUCAGCUCCCUCUUUGACUGCAUCGUCCGAGGCAUCUCCCCAACCAAGGGCCCAUUUGGGCUUCGGCCAGUUCUCCCAGACCCGAGCCCUGGGGGCCCCUCAGCCUCAGAGGAGCGUGUGGCCCAGGAAGCACUAGAAACCCUGCAGCUAGAGAAGCGACUCAGCCUGCUCUCACACUCCAGCCGGCCAGGCAGUGGAGGAGACGAUCGCAGCCUAUCCAGCUCCUCUUCGGAGGCCACCCAUUCGGACAUCAGUGCCAGCAGCAGGCUCACUGCAUGGCCAGAGCAAUCCUCGUCCUCUGCCAGCACGUCGCAGGAAGGGCUGGGGCUGGUGGCUGCCCAGGGGCCAGGGGAGGCCAUACUGGGAGCCUCACGGCCACCCCUCAAGCCGCUGCGGCAGCGGCAGCUGCAGGAGGUCGGCCGCCAGAGCUCCUCGGACAGUGGCAUCGCCACAGGCAGUCACUCCUCCUACUCUGGCAGUUUCUCAUCCUAUGCUGGCAGCAGCCUGGAUGUGUGGCCAGCUGGAGAAGAGUUUGGUUCACUGCUCAGCCUGCCCCCAGGGGCCAGUGGACCCGAGCCCAGACUAUGUGCCUGCCCACCAGGCACAGCAGAGUAUCAGGUGCCCACCUCAUUGCGGCACCACUAUGACACUCCUCGAAGCCUGUGGCAGGCCCCCAAAGACUCGAACCUGGCCUCCCAGGGCAGCUCUGACCUCAGUGCAGCCACAGAUUUGGGUGGCCAGACGCCCACAGGGUGUCCCUCCGGCUGGCUGGGUGCAGGACAGCGGGGACAGGCGACGGAAGCCCUGGGCAGUGAGGCCAUGCUGCCCAGUCCAUCCCCUGGCGAGCCCUGGGAAGCAGGCAGCCCCCAUGCAGGGCCACCUCCAGCUUUCUUUUCGUCAUGUUCAGUCUGUGGCGGACUCAAGGUAAAGCCCCCUCCCUGAGACAGCAGACUGGCUGCUGCUGCCAAGGGCUGGAUACAGCCCCUCCAAUGGGAGAGGAGUGGCACUGGCCUCUUUGCAGAGGGGGUUCUCUGUGCUGUGUUUCGAGAAGCCAUCAGACCUGUGCAGAGAGCCUCAAGGGCAGGGUGACAACCACAGGGCUGUUCUCCCCCAUGUAGGCACUAUGGCUGCCAGUGGAGGAGGCUGGGCAGGUUGGAGUCAGCAGAACCCCAGACCUAGCUUCUGGGCUGUCUCCUCACCCCACGAAGAAGGCACAGGGUUUCUGUGCCCAUGGGUUCCUGCUGUACAUUGCACUGAAAUCCCUGUGGGCUGUGGUCAGGUUUCAGUGUCAAACCUUGUCCUGGUCCACUGCCCUCUUCCUUCAUGACCAACCUUCUGUCAUUCUUGGUCAUCUGUGCAGUGUACAAACAUACCUCCCAUCCAAAAUCAGAUCCACUGCAGUUGCUCUGGACUCCCCAGCUCUGAGCCAGCAACUUUGCCAAUGCAGCUCCCUGGGCAUGUUCGAUGUGUGAUCAACUUUACAUGUUAACCUACAGCACCCACAGGUGGGCUCGGUGUCCCAUCCCACAGGGAGGAAACUGACGCUCUGGAGGCUCCAUGACUUGCGGGGGUCUGUGACCUGGACCCCCUUUGCACCCUCAGACUAGCCUUCUUCUGGGCCCCUGGAGGGUUCUGGGAAGAGCUGCCUGGCAGGGGUGAGGGGAGCCCCCCAAAGGCUGAGUUGACCCAGGCUUCCGAGAUUAGCCUGCCGGAGGGUCCCUUGUAAAAUCUUCCAGUGGCUCUGCCCUGUGCCUCCCUGCUGGGACCAGGAAGCUGGUGGUCAGGACCAGGUGGAGGAAAUCAGGACCUCGCUGGCAUUUGGAGGGCUCUGGCCCUGCCCACAGGUCAUCCUGGCUGUGUGGUUCCUUGCAUGGAGCAGGAGCUGCUCUGCUUCCCUGUGUCAGGGUCAGUGUGGCUGUGCCCAUCCCUUCUGAGUACCCCCAGCUGGCACCGUGGUAUUGAUCUGGCAGGCUAGCUCACCUGUAAAUGCCUUGAUCUGUACCUUCACUGUCAGCUGACGAUGUUGCUCUCUCGAGUUUUUAAAAUCUGACACUUUUGUAAUACGUUCUCAGACUGGAAAUAAAGUUCUCUU